AUGCUCAGUUUGGUGUCAAUUGCUAUAAAGGUUUUUUUUUAUUUUCUUGGGAGAGUGCAUGUGAUCAGCACAGAGCCAAUCAGCACUGUCCAGACAGAGAGGUCAGGGGUUCUGCACCCUCCUAGAGCAGAAAAAAAACUCCUACAAGCUUCAACCAGUGUUCUGCUGGACACUGAAUAGAAGUCACAAGACUGCUCUCUAACUGCUGAUGAAAAAAGGUAUUUAGCAGUUUAUAUUUACUAAAAUAAUUACAUUUCCAAUUUCUGUGUACUGUGGGAGACCAAAUAAAGUGAAUGCAGGGUCCUGGG